AUGGAGGUGUUCAUGGCUGAGCAGGCUGACCUGGGACAGAGAAACAUGGGGUGGAAAGGGGUGACCACGGAGCAGAGGCUGUCCAAUGUCCUCAUCUCCUGCCCUUGUGUCGGCAGGUCCCGCCUGCACUUGCAGCACCUGGGGAAUGGGACGGUCCCGAAGCUCUGUGAGAGUCAGCCCAGGCAGGCAAAUUGCUCCUCACCCUCUUGUCCCUCCCGAGAUGGACAGACUUUUAGCAGGGCUGCAGAGCCACAAGCCACUGAGAAGAUGCUGCCUUCGUCCAUCCAUCCGCUCCUCUGGCUCUUCGGCUGCAUGCUGUUCCGAGGUCAAUCCCUAUCAACAACACACAGCCCUGAAGUAAAGAACCAUACCUCAGAUAACCCUUCAGUAAAAGCAGCACCACCAACCAACUUGAAUCUCACCUCUGUGGGUCAAACUACUACAGCCAAAUCCUCUUCCGUCACUACAACACCUCUAGCGUUGACUGUGCGAGAUGAAAAGUCUAGUGGAAGCAGCAGCACAGCCGUUUCACCACCACAAGGUCAAGAGCCCAAGAGAAGCGAGAGUACCACAACAUCAGCAACUCAAGGUGCUUUCUCCUUUCUCUCGCAGAGAGGCACCUCUAAGCCAGCUACCCCAACACCGAAGUCCUCUGGCUACUUGCCUAUGCCCACUCCAACAGAUGAUAAAUCACCACUGACAGUGGCAGCUUUUGGUGUCAUCAGCUUCAUAGUUAUCCUGAUAGUGGUUGUGAUCAUACUGGUCAGCGUGGUCAGCCUGAGGUUCAAGUACAAACAGAAACCAGGGACCUCCAUGGUGUCAGAGAGCUGCUCAGCAGGCACAAGCCAGAAGGAUAACAGCAUCACUCUGAUCUCCAUGAAGAACAUCAACAUGAACAACAGCAUGAGUUACCCACCAUCAGAAAAG